GCCCGUUUGCGCUUCCUCUGGUCUCAUUCGGCCUCUGUUGCUGAAGCGAACAGGACGUGUCGAUGGCGAGCAUUGAGAGCGAGUUGACGCAGUUUGUGGCGCAGUGCCGGAAGCAGGAAUUCAGCGAGUCGGAAAUGCGCAGCAUAUGCCAGCCAAUCCUCUGGCAUUGGCGACUGCUGAAACUGAAAAAGUGGGUGCAGUGGCUCCUGUUGCCCGCAGUGCUAGUCUAUCUGCUGUGGAGCUGCUGCGACAGCUGCGCCUGGACAUUGAGCGCCCUGGGCCGCUUGCUGCUGAUCGAGCUGCUGCCCUAUUGGGACUGGACGCCCUACUACAAUGCCAAGUGCCUGAUCGAACGGGAGACGGAGCGGAACAGUGACUGGCAGCCGAAGGCACUCGGCAGACACGAAACUCUCUGGGAGAACUGUGCACUGUGCGAGCAGCUGGAGAGCAUACCCGUCGUCUCUAAUGCCAGCUACUCCCUGCUGGAAGCGGAGUACCUGGAGCGCGGUCUGCCAGUUAUCGUGGGCGACUGCCAGCUCGAGCUGAGCUUGGACAAGCUGCUGCAGCGAUUGCUGGACAGGGCACCCGACCUGCUCGCCAGCGAGCCCUGCGACGUGUCCAGCAAUCUGAUGCUGCGACAACUCUUCAAUUUGGAUGCAGCGCUGCAGAAGAUCCCCACCAGCCCCGCCUGGCAUCUGCACUUCCGCAACUGUGAGUCGAGAGCGGUGAAGGCUUCGCGUCUCUAUGCGGACAAGCCCUACUACUACCCCGUGCAUCUGGAGCCCUACUACUCCAGCUGGCUGCUGCUGGCGCAUCGGCAGCAGCGCCCCCAAACGGAGAUCUAUGUGCGUGGCCUGAUCUUCAUACAGCAGCUGAAUGGCCACUUCGACUGGCAGCUGCGCCCCAAGCAGCCCUGCCAGGAGUACAAUUGCCCCAAUCUGAGUCUGCGCUUGGCUGCGGGCGAGUGCCUGGUCUACUCCACGGAUCUGUGGCGUCUCAGCUACGGAGUGCAGCAGCAGCCGAAUGGGAGUGACACCUCCAUUGCCACGCUGUUCGAGGUGAAUUGGCAGCUGUAGGAGAAUAUAUGGAACGUAAAA